AUGGACGGCAUCCAUUUUGGUCACUUCGGUGAAGUGAGAUGCGUCAGGAGAGCAAAAUCGUCCGUCUAUUGGCCCGGUUGUGACGACCAGAUCCGUAACAUGGUGGCCAGCUGCCCAUCGUGUCAAGAAAAUCGGCAUAACAAUCCAGCAUUGCCCCUGUUUCCCACCCGCAUCCCGGUCCACCCAUUCCAGAAGGUAUCAGCCGACAUCUUCCAGUUUGGCGGUGUCCACUACCUGCUGUUAGUGGAUGAGUACAGCAAGUGGCCGUGUGUGGCGACACUGCGCACGCUCACGUCGUCAUCCACCAUUGAAGCCCUCGACGGAUUUUUCGCGGAUUUCGGGACCCCUGAGGAGAUUAUAUCCGACAAUGGGAAGCAGUUUGACUGCGUUGAGUUUAACCGUUUUUGUGCAAAACGACAAGUUCGUCAUUUGACUUCCAGCCCCGAGUUCCCGCAGUCUAAUGGUCUGGCAGAGAGGCACAUCCAGACAGUAAAAAAGACCAUGUUGAAAAUGUUCCGGGACGGCGAGUCCCUGUGGGAAGUCUUAGCAGCAGUCCGCUCAACGCCAGUAUCAGACCAGUAA